AUGCAGCCCGAGGCCACCUCCAGCGUGGAUGUGCCCAAGGCGGCGGCGCCCGCGCCCGCGCGCAAGGCAAUUGCGCGCUUCGGCAAGGGCGCGUGGAGCAGCUUUGGCAAGGGCGCCACCGCAUUCGGCUCCAUGUUCAAAGGGCCGGAGAAGCCCCUGCCUGAGCAGACGAUGGAGCUGCAAGAGAUGAGCGGCCACCGAAAGUCUGCGUCGCUCAGCAGCAGCGUCGUCUCAAGCGACCUGGAGCAGUCGAUUUGA